AUGGCGUCCGACCUCUUGUUCGGGUCGGUACCACAGUUUUACCGGGAGGUUUACGACAUUGUAUGCCCUGAUCAGCAACAAGUGGACAGGGACAUGUUUGUUUCCUUGCUAGUGAAGUCCAGCCUACCAAAACACGUAUUGACUCAGAUAUGGGACUUGGUUGAUACCAAAGUGGGCUACCUGACACGGAAUGGUCUGUACAAAGCAUUGGCAUUGACUGCCCUGGCACAGCAAGGAAAACCCCUCAAUGAGAAAAUCCUGGAAACUUACACAGACCAAGAACUUCCAAAGCCAUUAUUAGGAGACAUAUCAGACUUAAAAGCUCUCAGUGUAAAGGUCCGUCGAGACAGAAAUCCGAAUGUCCUCUCCUAUCGAUAUCAUGAGCUAUGUGAACUUGAUACCAUAAAGGUGGAACUUGUCCCAGAGAAGAAGGGGUUAAUUUUGAAGCAUGUUGAAUAUGAAGUGACUAGCCAGCGUUACAAAGUGACUGUGUUGAGACGGUACAAUGACUUCUUGGCGCUUCACGAACUUCUACUGCAGCGAUUUCCAUACAGAAUGGUGCCAAGGCUACCGCCGAAGAAGAUGAUGGGUGGUAUUUUUACUUCAGUCAGCAGGGAAUUUAUUGAGCAUCGAAGGAAAGCACUGCGGCGGUACAUCAACUUGAUUGCACGUCAUCCAGUCAUGACAGAUGAUAGGAUGCUCAAGUUCUUCCUUUCCUUCUCAGGGGCAGAUAUGCAAUAUAAAAUAAAGGAACAUUUCCGAGGGAUGCCUGAUGAGUUUAUGACCAACGAGAAUGCACUAAAAGCAAAGGAUCUGGUACCAAUGGACACACAAUUACAAUUUGGCAACACCAAAGAACAUAUCAGAAUACUUCACCAGAGUCUUACCAAAGUUCGUGAUAUCGCUGACAGAAUGGUGGCACGGUCGACUGAGGAAGCGAACGAUAUGCUUUACCUUGGAAAAGAGCUCAGUUCACUGAGCAGUGAUUCCACUGUGUUAACAAGUUGGGCAACUGGUGCUAACAAUACCUGGAGUCAGCUCAAGGCAGGGUUUAAGAAAAUAUGUAUAGAAUUUGCAGCAAUUUCUGACAAGUCGGCUGAAAAGGCAAAGAGAGAAGAUGAACUGGUGUCUGAAGUUGUGAAUAUACUACUUGAUCUUGUAGUUGCUUAUAGGGAUUUAUGUGAGCGACAUGAGAAGGGGGUGCUCAACGAUCACCAACGGGCGUUACAGAAAAUGGGUCAAUACAAGAAGAAAAAGAUGUCGGCAACAGUUGGGUCAACAGAGUCAGCAGCAGUGGAACAAUUAGAACAGAGAAUUUUACAACAAGAAAGCCAAAUAUCGAACAUGGAAAAUCGGAACUACUUCUCCUUACACUGCCUGCAGAUGGAGGCACAGUUAAUUCACGCCAACCUUGAUAUAUUGUACACAAUCCUUCAGAAUAUUGCAAACAUACAAUCAAAGUCUUACACAGAGCUUGGACAUGCCUGGUGCCAUCUCCUUCCUAUUGUUGAGGCCAUUUUGCCAAGAAUGAAUGGUUCUGAUGCCACAUCACCGACAUCUUCGCCACCCCUCUCCCCCAAACAUGCUGGAGGAAUAACGGUAUAGCAGCGGGUGGUGUGAACCUUGGUUGUGAGUGAAUGCUGGUGAUAGAAAUUUGCUGAAGCCAAAAUAUUUCUGACCCAAGAAUGCAAGAAGUGUACAUGUAGGGCAAAGCUGUGGUGAUUGAAAAUUCUUUGAUGCAAAAUGCUCCAUAUGCACUUUCCAAUGUUUAAAUAUUAAGAAUAUUAAGAACUACUUUGAAACUAUCUAGUGGACAGAAAUCUAAUGCAUUUCCAAAUAACUUCAAAGCUUUGAUUGACGUUUUCUCAAAAUGACAAAAACGUGCAUGGAUCGUUUUGCUUCUUAUAAUUUCACUUGGUUGUUAUAAGUGCAAUUAUAAUGCCAGGCUUGCCAUUACUGAUGUUGCCUUGACUGUGUAGUAUUCCUAGUCUCUUUGCUGCAGUAAGUUUCUACUUUCUUAAAGAGUAGACACACAGCGCUUAAACCAUUCACUGUACUCGAGUGACUCGAUGUGUAAAGCUGUGCCAUUGUAUACUGGUUAGCUCCUCUCUGAAAAUCAGAGAAAUUAUAGUUCCAACGGGCCAGAAAGGUCCAAAUGUUUUUUCAUUAUGUGUAAAUAAGACUAAAUUGCUGAUUAUUCUCAGGUACUGUUAGUCCAAAAUAGACUUACUGGCCAUUCAGUUUUGGGGAAGAUUAACGUCCAGCAGUUAAUUUUUCAUCUUUGUGUUUGACCGUUAUUUUGAUGACUGUUGACUAUAAUUAUCUCUAAAAAAUGGCACCCUAACUUCUAUAACUUCUGAAUGAAAAAAAUUGACCCGACCUCUCACCUUUAUAAAUCUAAUGCCUUUCAACAAUUCUAGAAAUGCUAAUGCAAAGGUUGACAGACUUUGUUUACGAAUAAGAGGAGCAUGAUAAAGCAGUAUUGUGUACAUAUGAAUGGUUGUUAAUAUAAAUGAUGACCAUCAGAGUUUCUUUUGACCCCUCUCUGGAAUCAAUGAAUACGUGAUACAUGUAAACGCUAUUUCUACUUAAAAGGAAAAAGCAGAUGAUAAUGCAUUACUCCUUGGAUUUUGUUAUUCUUUUGGACUCUGAUGAACAUCAAUUUCAGUGACACUCCUUAGGAAAUAUUUUCCACGCAAUUGCUUUGUAAUUACGCUUUUAGAAUCUGUACAUUACCUUAUAUCCUUUAAGACUGUAAAUAAGAAUUAUCAUAAGGUAGUCAGAUUUCAGCUAUUAUCAGUUCAGGUAGGUCCUUCUUGGGGGAUUUGUUGUCUUUGCGAAUACAAUACAAUGUGAUGCAAUUCAAUAUUUGCAACAUGCUUUUCCAGGUGCCUACUCAAAGAGUGGGAAAAUACCUCUUGAUCAAUGUUAUAAAAUUUCUUGAAAAGCCAGAUUUGUUUUGCUGUUUUGAACGAUCGUGGUUUUUGAUACAUCUUACUUCUGAAGGGAGGCGAUUUCUGAAUAAAAAGUAGCCACUGACACGCUUCAGUAGAAGCUUCUGCUGAAGAAUAGUCUUUCAGCCAAACAGUAAAUCCACUAGUUUUACCUCUCCUGUAUGGUACAAAAAGUAUUCGAUUGAGUCAGCUUGGAGAAGGAAUUUUUGGAGUGCGUUCCACUACUACACUGAUUUGCAACAAAUUAUGGUGAUGAGAGAGGUCAAUUUCCAUAGAAAGGCUUGAGCUUAUUGAUUGUUAAUUGUUAAAAUGCAGUGAAGAUGUUUAUUAUUAAUGUGCUGUUAUUUUAUCUGCUGAUCAUUUCCACUUGUUGUUCUGUUAAUGCAAAAAAACUGUUAAAUUUGUUCUGUGUAAGCCAAACACAGAUCAGUAGAUUUUUUGUUCAAAACUUGUUGGUAUGUGCUCUCUCGUCAUCUAAUAUCGUAGAUAAAGUUAGCAUGUACUUAUUUGAACAGCAAACACAAGGAGAGUCGAGAAAAUGUUUAUGUUUCAAAAUGGUGCUUAUGACAUUUUUGUUGGGGGGGGGGGGGGGCAGCUUAAUUGAAAAUGUGUGACUGACAUCUUAGUCUUGUGCUGAAAUGCAUUUUGAAUUGUUUGAAAAUAAUCUUUGAUUAACAAGGAUGGGAUGUUGAUGCUUUAUAAUCAAUUAAAUAAUGGGAUGAAAUGCACUGAAAUAAGGUGGGCAUUCCCAUUAAUAGAAUAAUGUUUUGAUCAAAUUGAUGGCAUGUUAUCCAUAAAUUUUGGUAAGUUUUCCGGAGACCAGCAAUUUUUGUUGCUUGACAGUGUACUGUAGCUGGACUUUGGAUCAUUUAGCUAACAGUGGCCUUGUUGUUACGUCAGAAACAUUUGAAUAACCAAAUUGAAUGUUUAGUAGAUUCGGCCAAACCAAUAUUCCUUUAUGUAUUCAGUGUUAUUUACAUGUCAACCUAGUGGUCUAUGUAAAAUUAUUUGACCCUUAAAUGGUGUGGAGUGUAAAUUGUACGUGCUAGGCCAGGUUUUCAUGAUAUUUAAGCUGUCAUUUGUCGCUUGUCACUGCCAUGUCUGUUAAGUGUCUAAGGCUUGAAAACGUGACAUGAAAUGACCUGAGGGUUACAAGUGACAUCAUCAGUCUUUAGUAUCGCUCUCUUUGGAAAUGACUGUGUUGGUAUGUUACCAAUGACAACCUGAAUCAUAAGUAAACCCAGGAGUAGUGUUUCAGUAUUUCAGACCUUAUAAAACAGAAGAGUCUUCACAUCACUGUAUUUUGAUUGGCUUGCUUGGUUCAGUAUAUAGGUCACCAAUAUGGUACCUUAAUGUAUAUUGUCUUAUUUUACAAUUUGGGUCUUGUAUCUUGUACAUUGUUAGUGUAUAUAGCAGUUAUGUUAUAAAUACCAUAAACCUGGAAAUGUUUGCCAGCCCUUCAAUUUCAAUAGUUAGGAUAGCAUUGUCGUAGUUAAUAGGGAAGUUCUUUCAAUUCCUUUAAUGGUACUGGGGUAUCAGUGAGCCAUAAGAAAAAAGAGCUUAAAUAGAACUUUGAAUUGUUUAAAGGUUUUGGAAGUCUGUGAAAAGGUUUUGGUGGGAAAAUAUUCAGGUUUAUAGUAAUUCUAUAGCGCUGUAUUAAAAGUCAUUAAGGAAAUUCCAACCUACAUGUAUUUUCAUAUCUUAUCUAUUGAUUUAUACUGUUAUGUCUUGGGGACAUACACAAAUGUAUGUAAAUUAUCACUCACUGUUAUAAAGUGAAAUAAACAUCCCGUUUUCAAAUCUUAA